AUGGUUACACUGGAUAAAUUAUUUGUUUCUUCAUCCAAACAUAGACUGGGACGUAUGUGCAACCGACUUGGCAGCUCGAUGGUUAGCGAUGUUUUGGCCGCACUUCUAUCCUUGUGUACACGUCUCGAGCCGUUCACCGCCUGGCAUGGUGCUUGUCUUGCCCUGGCCGAGCUGGGUCGCCGUAGCUUACUGCUACCUAGCAAGCUACCUGAGGCAAGUCAACUUGUCGUAGUAUCCCAGCAUCACGUUAUUCCCGUGGUUUUACGUGCGUUGUUCUAUGACGAACGUUCUGGUGACCACAACUACGGAUCAAACGUUCGCGAUGCUGCCUGCUACGUGUGCUGGGCCUUUGCUCGAGCCUACCGUGCCCAAGACUUUUCCCCUUACGUGAACCAGGUUGCCAGUGCACUGAUUUUAGUCAGUUUGUUUGAUCGCGAGGUAAAUGUGCGACGGGCUGCGGCAGCGGCUUUUCAGGAAAAUGUUGGACGCCAG